AUGAGACGAAUGAAAGGGCAAAAAAGUAUCAUCCUUGAAGUCGUUGCUGGACUCGAUACAUGGGUUUGGCAUGCCUUCUUAGGAGUUGUCGAAUCUCAAAACGACUUGAACGUGCUAGGUCAAUCUCCAGUGUUCAACAAUAUUCUAAGAGAGGGUUACAGAAAAGAUGAGGAGAGGUGUUUUGGUAUCCUCCAAGCCCGGUGGGCUAUUAUUAGGGGUGCGGCACGUCUGUUUGAUGAGAAGGUGCUGAGGAGCAUAAUGAUGACAUGCAUCAUCCUCCAUAACAUGAUUGUGGAGGAUGUGUAUGAUUACGAUAUUGCAGAUGUGUACGAACCAGAUCCCAUGAACAUGGCCUUGACAAGAAUUUAUGAAAAACCCAUGGGGCCAAAUGGAGAACCAUUGGAGCAUGAACUGUUGGUUAGGGACAGUCGUUUCAUGACUCGUAUGAUUGAUUGA